AUGAAAGAUCUUGGAAUUCCCAUUCAUCUUAGAGCAGUUGUCCAUAGGCUUUGUGAGGAGGUUACAGUAAAAAUCAGAACCUCUGAUGGUCUCUCUGAAAGCUUUAGAAGCGAUAUCAGGGUCAAGCAAGGGUGUCUGUUAUCUUGUAUGUUGUUUGGUUUAUACAUUGACAAGUUGGAAGAGUCGUUAAACUCUCAGGAUGGUGAUGGUGUUCGUUUGGGUGAAUUUGUGAUAAAAAAAUUUCUUUAUGCGGAUGACCUCAUUCUUUUUGUUAAAACAACUCUUGGUUUGCAAGAGCAUUUGUAUGUUUUAAAGCACUUUUGCAAAACGGUCGGGAUGCAAGUCAAUAUCAGCAAGACAAAAAUCAUGGUUUUUUCUAAUAAGAGGAAACAAAACCAGCAUAAGUUUUACUUUGAAGGCAGUAUUCUUGAAGAAGUUUUAGACUAUAAAUAUCUUGGGAUUGACUUCAACAAAAAUCUAAAUUGGGAUGGUUGCAGGAAGAAGAGAAUCCUAGGUGGUUGGAAAGCUUGGUAUGCUCUUCAGAACAGAUGUAGAGAAGCGGAGCUUUGGGAUUGGAAGGUCUCCCAAACUCUUUUUGGGCUUUUAGUUCUUCAUGUUAUUCUCUAUGGUUGUGAAUUAUGGGCCAACAACACUUCAGGUUCACAAUGGAAGCAGAUCGAGCAAAUCCAAAAGCACUUGAUAACAAGCAAGUUCAAGAUUAAAAAUACAGUUCCUUAUGAUAUCAUGUUGAGUGAGACUGGGGUUGCUGCUAUUGAAGCUAUUGCUAUGGUUCCUCUCAUUAGUUAUCUCAAAAGAAUUGGGCAAAUGGAGGAAGGCAGAUGGCCUAAAGCGGUUUUCAAUGACACCUUGUGCAAAAGAAAGAAGACUUGGAUGCAACAAAACAUCAAAUGGUUGAGUAAAUGA